UGCUUGCUUGCUUGCUUGUUUCAUUCUUAGUGGAAAUCACACCAAUUAAAUUUUCAUUCUCCAACUCUCCUUUCAUUCAUCUCACUGUAGCUCACGAUAAACACACAUACACACAACACACACUAACUACAAAUUAGUAUAAUAUCCUUUCACAUUGUCUCCCCCACACUCACACUUGGACAUAUAAUAAUAUACUCUAUAUGCCAGUAUUGUCAUAAGUCUUUUUCUUCUAAUAGAAUAGUUUAUUUCCCAUUUAAAUAUAAAUAUAAUUUGAAAAAAAAAAAGAGAAGGUAUUGCGUUCACAAUCAUAUUCAUAUUCGCUUCUUUCUUUCUUUUUCUGCUCCUCCUUCAGCAUGGAAAAAAAUGGAGUCUUGAUUUAGUUUUACUUGCUUUAGUUCUUGAAGAGAGCUCAACUGCUGCUUGUUGAGCAGAAGCUUAUUCUAAUAGUGGGGCUCUUUCUCCUCUCCAAUAAAAGCCAACAAUGAUGAAUUCCACAUCCACACAAUUUGUUCCCUCAAGACGGAUGGGCAUAUAUGAGCCGAUCCAUCAGAUGGGCAUGUGGGGAGAUUUCAAAGGUAACAAUUGUCUGGAUGCAUCUCCACCGAUGAUUCUGGAGGUUGACCCUAAACUAGAUAAUCAGUCAGAGGAUACUUCACAUGGAACUGUUGGACCUUCAAAUAAAUACGACCAAGAAGCAAGUAAACCACCUGAUAAGGUUUUAAGGCGUCUAGCACAGAACCGUGAGGCUGCUCGUAAAAGUCGUCUAAGGAAAAAGGCCUAUGUUCAGCAAUUAGAAAGCAGUAAACUAAGGCUUAUUCAGUUAGAGCAAGAGCUCGGCCGUGCUCGGCAACAGGGUUUGUACUCUGGAAGCGCUUUAGAUGCUAGUCCACUAGGUUAUGCUGGGAGUAUGAACCCAGGUAUUGCUACAUUUGAACUGGAGUACGGACACUGGGUGGAAGAACAAGAUAGACAAUUAUCUGAUCUGAGGAAUGCUUUGCAUUCAUCAGAAACGGGAGAUGUGGAACUGCGAAUAUUCGUUGAUGGUGGACUUGCACAUUAUUUUGAUCUUUUCACAAUGAAAGCUAUAGCUGCAAAGACAGAUGUAUUCUUUCUGAUGUCUGGCAUGUGGAAAACUUCGGCUGAGCGUUUUUUCUUCUGGAUUGGCGGUUUUCGGCCUUCAGAACUUCUAAAGGUUCUCUUACCACAUCUGGAGCCAUUGUCAGAACAACAACGUUUGGAUCUUGGCAAUCUCACGCAAUCGUGUCAGCAAGCAGAAGACGCGUUAUCACAGGGGAUGGAGAGACUCCACCAAAUUCUCGGGGAAGCCAUAGCCAAACAACUCGGUGAAGGGAACUAUCUCCCACAGGUUGGUGCUGCCAUUGAGAAGUUGGAUGAUCUGGUGAGGUUCGUCGGUCAGGCAGACCAUCUGAGGCAAGAAACUCUGCAGCAGAUUUCGCGGAUCCUCACCACCCGGCAGGCAGCUCGAGGGCUUCUUGCUUUGGGUGAGUACUUUCAACGUCUCCGAGCAUUGAGUUCCCUUUGGUCGUCACGGCCUCGUCAAUCCUCCUAGCUCUCCUCUCUCGUCUUUCUUCAUCGCCUUAGUUAGCUACCAUAAUGUCUGUUUGCACAUUUUUGAUCUGCUUCCUGUGAUUGAAGAUUUGUAAAUAUAAUUAGCUGAUUUAUCAGGAGGAAGUGCAUGUGUGGAUACAUUUUCUUUUCUUUUCUUUUCUUAUCAUUAUAAGCUAUAUUUAUGUCUAGAUUCAGUAAUGUAAAUUUUCAGGCAUGUAUGGCUGUCUCCUUAUAUUUUCAACGUCUUUAGUGUGUAAAAUAAAACAGCUUCAUUUUGCA